UUGCAGUCCAGAGAAGCGCUUCUAAAAAAAUAUGAUCCUGUCCAGGUUGGAUAUUUGUCGGAGCAAUGUAUUGCUGUAGACGAAGAUGACAACAUAGUAGGAGGAGUGGCGAAAGGUGAUGCUCACCGAGCGGAUACUUGUACGUUUCUGUUUCCCUUUUCCUUUUUCCUCCAAGGGAACCACCCACUUUUUACGAAUGUCGAGCUCAAUGGAGGUCCAGGUGCUGUCGCAGCCGCCGUUAGGAAAGUUGAGCAUGAACUGGGUGUGGUGGAUUUGAGUCCAGAGGAAUGUCGUGUGAUGGGACGCUUUCUCUACAAGGCUGUGAUGAAGGACUCGUUGUGGGGUGAGCAUGAACUUGAUUAUGUUGUGAUUACACGUGAUUUGUCGCUCAGUCGUCUUACUCCUAAUCCAUCUGAAGUGAGCGAUGUAAGAUUAGUCGACGAGCAGGAAUUGGCCAGAUGGGUAGCGACAGAACCAUCGUCAUUCUCUCCUUGGUUCCUGCUGUUCUACCGUCUACGAUACCUAUCAGAGUGGUGGUCAAAGCUUGAUCGCAUAGAAUCAUAUCCAGUUGAUAUGAAUAUUGUACGAAUGAAUUGA